AUGCGUUCUGAGGUCAAAGUUCACUCAAACGAAUCACUAAAUUUCCUUCUGGUUGGAAAUUGCCCUAUAAUUACAUCCAGAAGGCCUGCUCUUGACAGUACAUCAAAGAAAAAGCUUGAGCCUGCUUUCGAUUUAACAGGUUUUCCACCUCCAAUUACAAAUAUGAAGAGCAUUAGGCCAAAAACAACAAUGGCUCUCGCUCGUCAUAGAGUAAAGAAAGAACCUCUUUCAACAGCUAAAUACGCUGCAAUUCAUAAUGAAGAAACAUUUUUGAAAAAUAUGGAAAACAACCUAAAUAUUUAUGCAGAUAAUCACCAAAGAAAGAUUGCUCAAAUACAUCAUGAUUGGGAAGAACGAUACAUGACCCCAUUUAACGAUCGUCUCAAGAGUAGACUAUCUGGUCAAGUUUACGAUAAUUACAAGCUUGAGCAAACAAGAAAUAUGAAUACCCCUUCUGAUACAAGGUCAUUCAGUACUCUUUCUUACGAUAAGCCGAUAAAUGUCCCCACAUUACGCGUUUCGGUUAGUGGUCUUAGAGAUAGAGUUCAUAAUUCCACAAUGCAUGUUGAAAAAGAAAGGCAAUUAACCGAAAUUGUUAACAGUUUGUCUUCUGAAGGAAAAGUUGCACCAAAGCCGAUGAAAGCUAUUCGCCCUCCAGAAGAAGUUGUGGCUCAGCUUUCUCAUACGAGAUUUUACGAUGGUGAUGGAACAUGCAACAAAAACGGAAGAAGAACAUUCAAGCAACAAUUUUCUUCUUCUCUCAAUAGAGAUUUUAAUUAUUUCGAUUGA